AUGAGCAAGAAUCAGACAGAAGAUCAGGGGCAUUCUCUUGAAGCGCAGAGUGACCCCAAAUCCUACCCGGAGAAGAUUCACACUGAUCCCAAGUGUAGGACAGUUGCGGGAUUGCACCUCAGAGUAGACGCCAAUCUGGUUGACAGGGCGUUCCGCCUGCCGCUACGUCUUUGGCGGGACGUCCUCUGCGUGGUGGGGCUGGACGACACCGCAGAGGCCAACGAGUGGAGAGGACAGGAAGAAGUGUUGAGGGAGCUGGCACCGAACAUCCCGGCUGGGUGCCCGGUAGUGGUAUGGGUUCGUGGGCCUGAGGGGGAUGAGCUGGCCGGAUCAUCCUACACCCGGGUCAUCCGGGUGUUGAAGGAAUGCCUUCCCCAAGAUAAACCCUUGGUAGUCCCCAACUCCACCAGAGAGGAGGGGACGGACCAGGAAUGGUUGGAGGGGUUCCCACAAUCUUGUUUCAGUUUCACCUCCCGGGUGGUGGAAUUUCCCCAGGGCCAGAUGGUGUGGUUAAGGGCGGUGCCAGAGGAUAGGGUGCUGAUGGGGACAGACUGUCCCGACACUGGACCAGAAGGUUGCACCCUGAACUCCAGUGUUGCUGUGCUAUGUGGCGCAAGUGGUAGCAAGAAAGAGGGACUUCUCUUGACCACAAACGUCAACGCUCGGCUGUUCAUUCUGGGGGACGCCGUGGGUCUCAUCCAAUGGUAG